UUUCAACCGGUUUCACCGUCCAAUAUGGGCCAUAUAGUAAACAACCCUUACUUAAAUCUCAAUUCAAAUUCUCCAGUGGUCUCAUCUUCUUCCAAUGAAGCCGAGCUUAAAGAGAACCCUAACGAUAAGAGUGACCGAAUGGAGGAUAAUGAAGGCGACCAAGAUGGUGUUGGUAAAAGCUCCAAGCAAUUGACAAAACAAGGUAAAAAGAAAGGAGAGAAGAAAGAGAGAGAAGCUAGAGUUGCAUUUAUGACAAAAAGCGAGAUUGAUCAUCUUGAAGAUGGUUAUAGAUGGAGAAAAUAUGGACAAAAGGCCGUCAAGAACAGUCCUUAUCCAAGGAGUUACUAUAGGUGCACAACACAGAAGUGUAACGUGAAAAAACGUGUAGAGAGAUCAUUUCAAGAUCCGUCGAUCGUAAUUACAACCUACGAAGGAAAACACAACCAUCCGAUCCCAUCGACGUUGAGAGGAACCGUGGCCGCUGAACAUCUACUAGGCCACCGUGGUGGUGGAGGCGGUUUCCUCCAUAACUUCCCUCGUCACCAUCAAGAGCUUCUCAUGAUGAAACAUCCUCUGGCCAAUUAUCAAUCGGUGGGAUCUAUGUCGUACGAACAUGGUCAUGGGACCUCUAGCUACAAUUUUAAUAAUAAUCAACCAGUUGUUGACUAUGGUCUUCUUCAGGACAUUCUUCCUUCAAUGUUCUCCAAGCACGAAUCUUGAGAGAGGGUACGUUACGUACGUACUAUAGAUCGUAUCUUUAUGGUUGCAUUAUAUAAGCAUAAAUCAUUAGUACUAUA